AUGUCCGUCGUGCUCCUGCCUUUAGGCGAUCUCAUUCCCUCGUCUUUCUCCUCCCUUUCGUCCCCGCCUCCCACAUCCCACCUUCACCUGGCUAGACUGAAGAGAAAGCGUCGCUGCACCAUCGACAUAGUGGCGAUCAUCUUUUAUUCCGACACCAGAAUCAGAAUCACAGGACAACAGGACACUGCACACAUCUCCCAAUUAUCGCCCGAGCCCGCCAUGAAUUGCGCCAAAUUAUCUCCAUCUUCGUCACUACUCCCCCAGAGCCCGUCACGCUCCAUACGCCGCCAUACACAACAUCACGAUUAA